CAAGUUACGAAUGACGUUUUACUUUAAAAUUUCAACAUUAGUACCAAUAAUUUCCUUUUAGUUGUUUGUGUGAUUUCUAUGUUAAUGUGUUUGAAUCGGUUUUGUUUAUUACCCUUUUAAAAACCAGAGGCGAUAUGUUAUUUUUGGUUCUUAUAUGCAGUUAUAUUGUCUAGAUUUCAUUAAAAAUGAGCUAUCAGGAUGAGUACGUGGGUUCCUUCCCGAAAAACUUCAGCUAUGGACCUUUUGAGCAAAAUGGGGAAACGGAUAACUCAUCACUUCAAGAAGACCACAAGCCUCGUAUUUUGUUAAUGGGUCUAAGGAGGUCAGGAAAAUCGUCUAUUCAAAAAGUUGUGUUUCAUAAAAUGUCACCAAAUGAAACAUUGUUUUUAGAAUCUACAAAUAAAAUAGUAAAAGAUGAUAUAAAUAACAGUAGUUUCGUGCAAUUUCAAAUAUGGGAUUUUCCAGGCCAGAUAGACUUUUUUGAUCCAACUUUUGAUUCUGACACCAUUUUCGGUGGUUGUGGUGCGCUGGUUUUUGUUAUAGAUGCACAGGAUGACUACCAGGAUGCAUUGGAUAAACUGCAGUUGACUGUUACUAAGGCAUAUCGGGUAAACAGCAAUAUUAAGUUUGAAGUUUUUAUUCACAAGGUUGAUGGUCUUAAUGAUGAUUAUAAAAUGGAAUCACAAAGGGAUAUUCACCAUCGAGCCACAGAGGAUCUUGCCGAGGCUGGUUUGGAACAUGUCCACCUAUCAUUUCAUUUGACUUCAAUAUAUGAUCAUUCUAUAUUUGAAGCAUUCAGUAAAGUUGUACAAAAGUUGAUACCGCAAUUGCCUACUUUAGAAAAUCUGCUGAAUAUACUCAUAUCAAAUUCUGGGAUUGAAAAGGCGUUUUUGUUUGAUGUAGUUUCUAAAAUCUACAUAGCGACGGACAGCUCACCAGUUGACAUGCAAAGCUAUGAAUUGUGCUGUGAUAUGAUAGAUGUUGUUAUAGAUAUAUCAUGUAUAUAUGGUAUGGUUGAUGAUACCGAAGUAAAUACUUUUAAUAGUCAGAGUUCAAGCCUUAUUAAACUGAACAACGGAACUGUACUUUAUUUAAGAGAAGUGAACAAAUUUCUUGCUUUGGUUUGCAUUCUUCGUGAAGAAAAUUUCCAAAAGCAAGGUGUAAUAGAUUACAAUUUCCUCUGUUUCCGUGAUGCUAUAACACAGGUGUUUGAACUUCGAAACAAAUCCCAAUGUUUGGCUAAAAACUCUUCUGAAGUUGACCUCUUGCCCAACGGCACUGGUGACUCCAGUGAAAGUAACUCGGACCAUUUGCAAGUACAGAUCUAGUAGCACAAAAAACACUAUAUGUAUAAAUUGUAGAAAAAGUACUUUGUAUUAUUGUAAUAAAUUUUUAUUAACAGCUUAUUCCAUGUACCUAUUCAAAGCAGUAACUGUAAAAAUAUGAAAAUAUAUACGAAUAUUUAUUUUUUAA